AUGGCCGGUGUACAGCCUCUAAGUUCUUGGGCACAGAGCGAUUCCAAUCAGUUGACAACCGCCUCCAAUAGGGCGGCGGUUUAUCUGAGGGGAUACAUUUCCGACAUGUUAUCUUCUCCGGUAGAGAGGCGGGAUCGACUAUUUGAAAUAGAGGCUAGGCAAUAUCAAGCACAGAUUCGUUCUGUAUUCACGGAGAUGGAGAGACUAGGAAAUUACGACUUUAUGGCGAGAGAUACGGUCACCAUUUGUAACGCACUACACGGAGCUAUCGAAUCUUCCUGCAUUAUAUUUUCCGCAAAUCAAGAGAUGUGCGAUCUGCUCCUCAGCGCGCAGAUAGCAGGAGGGGUCGGCGAAGCGGGCUAUACGGCGGUAGGGGUCGGAUUAGGAGCGAGGAAAAUUUACACUUCGGUCAACGUUACUCGGGCUUUGGCGAGGGGUGCGAUGCCUCUUAGUGUUAAUGUUACCAGUUGGCCUACUCUGGCGUUGGGUGCCCUUUGGGUGGGGUACUCUGCUUUUGGUUAUUUUAAUUCUAGGGGAGAUAGAUUGAGAGCAGCUGCAGCCAAAGCAACCCACGAAGCAGUCAAUCUCCGGGUCAGAAGUUCGUUGAACAUAUCCUGCAACGUUCUUAGAGCAAUGCGAAUCCUGCAAAGCAGGGAGCAAAUGUUGAACGAUUUGGAGACUGGAACUCGUCCUUUUACCGCAGACCAAGCCUGGUGGGUCAGUACGAUCAAUGCUGGCCGAGAGACCGGUUUCGAUAUGGCUAAGGUGAGAAGAUAUCUAAUUAUACAAGAGCGUCACUUGGUGAGAAACUAUGAAGAGGUUGAGCGUUUGGUACCUGGGCAGUCACUGGUCCCUGUAUGA